AUGCCUUCAACACAUAAUAGAGACAAACCUUGGGACACCCCAGACAUUGAUAAAUGGAAAAUCGAUGAAUUUAAACCUGAAGAUAACAUUUCAGGUUUACCAUUUGCAGAAGAGUCUUCAUUUAUGACAUUAUUUCCAAAAUAUCGUGAAAUUUAUUUGAAGCAAAUUUGGCCAGAUGUUACAAAAGCUUUAGAUAAACAUCAUAUAGCAUGUACGCUAGAUUUGGUGGAAGGUUCAAUGACUGUGAAAACUACAAGAAAAACUUUUGAUCCUGCAAUCAUUUUAAAAGCUAGAGAUUUAAUCAAAUUAUUGGCUCGUUCAGUUCCAUUUCCUCAAGCUGUUAACAUCCUUAGAGAUGAUAUUGCAUGUGAUGUUAUCAAAAUUGGUAAUUUCGUGACUAAUAAAGAUAGAUUUAAGAAAAGAAGACAAAGAUUAGUUGGUCCAAGUGGUCAAACUUUAAAAGCUUUAGAAUUAUUGACUGAAUGUUAUAUAUUAGUUCAAGGUCAUACUGUGAGUGCAAUGGGUCCUUUCAAAGGUUUAAAAGAAGUUAGAAGAGUUGUGGAGGAUUGUAUGAAGAACAUUCAUCCAAUUUAUCAUAUUAAAGAAUUGAUGAUUAAAAGAGAAUUACGGAAAAAUCCUGAAUUAGCUAAUGAGGAUUGGAGUAGAUUUUUGCCACAAUUCAAAAAGAGAAAUGUCGCUAGAAAGAAACCUAAACAAGUUCGUGACGAUAUGGAAAAGAAGAAGGAAAAGAAAGUUUACACUCCAUUCCCACCUGCUCAAUUACCUAGAAAGAUUGAUUUACAAAUUGAAAGUGGUGAAUAUUUCCUUAGUAAAAAAGAGAAAAGAGUUAAGGAAUUGGAUGCCAAAAAGGAAAUGCAAGAAGAACAUAAAAUCACAAGAGAAGAGGAAAGAGCUAAAGAUUAUGUGGCACCUGAAGAAGAUACUUAUGAGAAUCCACUUUUGAAAGAGAAAAAGUCUAAAAAAUCAAAGAAAAGAUCAAGUGAAGAUAAUGAUGAUGAAGAUGGUGAAAAGAAAAAGAAGAAAAAGAAGAAGUCUAAACAUUCAGAUGAAUAG